CGAGCCAUGACGAUGACAAUAGCCGCCGUGCUCUGCCUGCUCCUCUUCUCUGGCCGUCUCGCCGCGGCGGAGAAGACUUUCCGCGGAGGCGGAGGCGGAGGCUACGGCGGGUUGGAGGCCGGUGGCGGAGGCGGCGGCGGCGGCUACUCCACCCCGAGCGAGGCAGCGCCAUCCACGCCUGCCGCUGGGGAGACGACGACCCCUUCGUCAGGCGGCGGUUACUCCACCCCUAGCGAGGCAGCGCCAUCCACGCCUGCCGCUGAGGAGACGACGACGACUCCUUCGUCAGGCGGCGGGGGUUACGGCGGUGCAACCGGCAAGGCUUCCUCAGGCGGCGGCGGGCUGGACCCCGACGGCGACCCAGAGGUUGGGCUGAACGGGAAGGCGAUCGAGGAGAUCGUGAACGAGCACAACGUGUUCCGCGCCAAGGAGCACGUGCCUCCGCUGGUGUGGAACGCGACGCUGGCCAGGUUCUCGCAGCAGUACGCGGAGACGCUCAAGGGCAACUGCCAGCAGAUCCACUCGUCGUCGCCGUACGGGGAGAACCUGAUGGAGGGCACCCCGGGGCUGACCUGGAAGAUCACCGUGGACGGCUGGAGCGAGGAGAAGAAGAACUACCACUACAACUCAGACACCUGCGACCCCGGCAAGAUGUGCGGCCACUACAAGGCCGUCGUCUGGAAGACCACCACCAGCGUCGGCUGCGGACGCAUCAAGUGCAACAGCGGCGACACCAUCAUCAUGUGCAGCUACUGGCCGCCGGGGAACUACGACGGCGUUAAGCCAUACUAAAAUAUAUAUCGACCCAUUGCAUAUAUAUGUUGCAGAGCUUUUUAUUUUGGCAACAUAUCUAGUGCACAUGAUCUGCUGGUAC